UUCCUGUUUUGACAUAUCAGUCCUUUCAGUCUAUUUCUUAGUAAUACAUACUGGUAUUUCUGUGAUAACUGUUGAUCAUUUGGGUUUAUUUCGAAAUGCCUGAGAUGCCUAAGUUGCAUCUUGAAGAUGCACUGGAGGAUAGUCCACAGACCCGGAGCUUGCUAGGGGUGUUUGAGAAGGAUGCCAUGGUUCUUAAGAAGUACAGCGUGGGUCUGCACAACUGUUGCCAGCGAGUGAUGUCCGCACAGAAUGAACUGUGUGCCGCUACACAGAGUCUGUCUCAGCAUCUUCGGAACUUUGAACUGCAGAAAUUUCCACUCGAACAAGAAGGCAGCAUUUUAACUUCCACUUUAGAACAGUUUGCAGCUUAUCUUGAUAAUAUAAGUUCACUACAGCAAGUCCUGUCCGCCCAGUUUUCAGAGUCUAUGAUGUUUCCAAUGAGCAAGGCUUUACAGGCGGACCUUGAUGAAAUCUCCACGAUGUAUGAGAUGUUCCAAAUAGCAGCACAUGAACAUGAACAGGCCAUGACCCGGUUCAUGAAAGUCUCAAAGAAGAAGGAGAAAGAGGUCCUUGACCUGAAUGAUGAACUUUACGCCAUGAGGAAGAAAUACCACCAGACUGCCUUACACUACUACUCGUCCCUGAACGCCAUCCAGUACAAGAGGAAGUGUUUCCUGCUGGAGCCCAUCAUAGGCUAUGUGCACGCUCAGAGAGCUUACUUCAGCAUGGGCCAGGAGACCCUGUGUAAACCAGACAUGGAGACCUUCCUGCAGAACAUCAGUGUUAGCAUACAGCAAGUGCAGUCUGAGCUGCAAGUGGAGACACGUAAGACGGUGGAGCUGAUAGACACGCUAGAGGAGCAGAGUCAGCACCUCUACCACGCCGAGCCCCCCAUCAACAUGCCCUACAUACCACCCAACAUAGCCCUCGCCCAGAAAUCGGGAUACCUCUUCCUACGCAGUAAGCAGUUGAUCGGCAACAAGUGGGAGAGGGUUUUCUUCUUCACGCAGGCUGGCAACCUAAUGAGCCAGUGCAGGGAUGAGGUGGCUGGCAGCCUCGUUCUGGAUCUCAAUGAGGACGGCGUGUUUGCAGAACCGUCCGAAGCAGACGACAGAAGAAACAUCUUUCAGAUAUCUACUGCAAAACAUAGGCGAUUGAUAGUUCUUCAGGCAGAAAAUGAGCGUGAAAGGGAUGAGUGGAUAUCAACAAUAAACAACGUGGUCCGAGACAGUGGAUUUGUCAGAGGCAUAGUCAGUAAACCUAGUCCUCAGCAACAACCAAGGGGAAGUAGUGUGUCAAGUCAACAAUCUGUGUCAACAACAUCAACUGUGUCUCCAGAGCGUGAGAGUCCCAUGGCUGUGAGCCCCGUCCAGUCCCAGUCAUCAGCAGCCGUUACCCCGGCAACGGGCCCAAACAGCCCUUUCUUGCCGGAAACACCCAUUCAGUUUGACCUUUGCGCACCGGACGACACCCAGAAUGUCACUAACAAAUCAUUAACUGGACCACCAAAGCGUAUCAAUCCAUUUGACCAAUCAGCCACAGAUGUCAUAGACGCUCUCGACCAGGCGAUUGAUAACGCAGCCUUCGUUGAAAGCUUCCUCGUAAGAUUCCUUGGAUCAAUGGAGGUCAAACAGGACAGAGGAGAAAAACUGGUUCAUGAGACGAUUCGUCAGAUCAUGGCAGCCAGGGCUAUCCACAAUGUUUUCAAGAUGACGGAGUCAAGAAUGAUCGUAUCGAGUGAUUCAAUGAGAUUAAUAGAGCCUUCGAACAACACAGUGCGGGUGAAGUUUGCGUUGGAAGAUAUCUCAUACUGGGCCGCCCAUACUGAAAACACCAGGUUGUUUGGUUUCAUCACGAGGAACAAAGGGGAGGGCUCAUAUGCCUGCCAUGUGUUUGAGUGCAAUAUUUCAGCUAUAGAGAUUUGUAAUGCCAUAGCAACUGCGACCAAAAUGGCCUUCCAUGCUCUGAUGGAAAAGAAAGCUGCAGAGAGAAUCAAGUCAUUAAAGGACAAAGAAAAGGUUGAUGAGUCAGAUCAGAAUCUGCUGCUGGCCAACAUCAGCGCGCUGGAGGACAAGGAAGAGGAGGAGAGCCUGAUGUCGUCCAAUCUGCCGCUGACCAGCACCGGUCAGUACCUGAAACUGACCGCUGAGGACGAGCAGGACAUGAUGGACGAGAUGGACCAGGAGAUGAGGCAGCUGGACGUCACCCAGCAGUCACCACGGGAACCUGCUAAAGCAACAAAUGGUGUAGGGGCUGACCAACAGAAACAAGAAAAAGGUGAAGAGUCGUUAGCUUGAAGUACAGCAGACGUCAAAUUGUUCUUUGUGUACAUCGAACAACUUUUGUAUUGUAAUAAUUGCAUUUUGUUUCUUCAAAUGUUAGUAUGGCCUUGGAGGAGGGUUUGCCACAAUAUUGAAUGUAACGAUUGCUUUAAAGUAUAUAUAAGGUUCAAGUUGUACUAAAAAAAGUAUAUCUACGCUGGUCUCCCUUUGGAGUGUGUAACUACAACAGGGUUUUCAAACAAUUUAUUUGUGGCUGAGUUCUUUCUUUAAGUUAAAAGAUAUUUGUGUUAGUGAAUGCUUUAAGUGAAGAAUGUUUACAAUUUUAUACAAAAUAUGGUACAAAAGUGUUUGUUGAAUGUUUUUAGCAAUACAUUUUGUGUAAUUACAGUGUAUAAUUAAUACUAAGCAUGGUUAACAUGUAUUAAAUUGUAAAACUGUAAAGCAUGGGCAUUUUUAGUGAUCUUUUCGUUAAUAAAACAUUUUUAUAUGAAUUACAACAAAAUUGUAUACCAGGUAAUGGUAUUGGUGUUAUUUUAACUGAAAAAAAUGCAUUGGAUUUAAUAUUUGUUUGCAUUUAUAACAAAUUGUGCAUAAAUAAAAAAAAACGUAUUUUGGCUUCUCAAGUUUGGCUUAAAUUAAGCUUAUGUUUUACUUAAUUUAAUGUUUUAAUAUGCUUAUUAUUUUCUGUAUUAGAUUUUAUAUUGUAAUUUUUCUUAAAGUUUAAUUUUAAAAGUCAUGUUGAAAGAAAUUUUCUGAUUUACGCAGUAUUAUAUUAUUUCCUUUUAUGAAGUAAUAAAUACCAACAUUUGGGUUGAAAGCAUUUAUUUGUGUACAGUCCACUCUCAUUAUCUUGAAGUCGGCGGGAACAAGAAAAAAUAACGAGAUAACGAGAGUUCGAGAUAUCCGAUUAGGUGUUUUCAAAGAAAAAUAAGACGAAAAUUUACCUUGUUUUUAACAUCUAAAUACCUGCUAAGUGGUCUAACUAAAGCCGUCACCAUGUGGAAAAUACUCUACCUGAUAUACAUGUAUACACGUUUUAACGAGGAACGAUUCAUUUUGCUUUUUAAAUGCUUAAAAUGACGUUUUAAGUAUUACAGAAUUGCAUGAACACAUGCGGUUAUAAUUUUUCUAAACUAUCGAGUAAACAUCUGGAUAUGUUGCUAUUUAAAGUAAUGAUGCAAUUGACGUCCAAUCAGUACGAGGGUUUUCCAUCUGAACAUGGGUAAAUCACGUUCCAGAAUACUGAACUGUACAUGUACAUUUUGUAGUUUGAAAUGCAAAGUUUAAUCGAUUAUUAGUACAGGAUCAAAUACAAAUGAAAUGCCAUUUUUAGUCCUGUCUUGAUAGAACAACAUUAAAUUUGCAACGGUUUAUAUACGCAAAAAUAUAACUCAAUGCAUUAAGGAAUGUUGUUUGUAAAAACAAUUAGUCUUUCGGCAGGCUGUGUAUUAAUUGCAGUUAAUUGAUGUUAACGUGACAGUUAAAGUGACAGACCUUACUCAAGUGUUAAUGGCUAAAGACAUUACAUAAGUGUGAUCAUUGAUGCAAUCAACGGAUCAAUUCCCUACCACUCAGUAUCGAGAGCAGCCAGGCGAAGCGGGUCGGUGAAGUAUCAAAGAAAAAAAUUCUCACCUUUUGCCGACACUGGGACAGUUAUUCGCACUUCGAGAUAAACAUCAGUAAAUACAUGUAAAAUCGGGACUCGGGACAAAAAUUUUUAUCGACGUAUCGAAUUAUUCGACAUAAUGAAAAUGGAGAUAUGCGAUGUUUAUUUAUAUGGAUAAAGAAGGAAAAAAGUUGGGACAUUGAGCUUACUUCGACAUAUCAAGAAUAUCGAGAUGUCGAGAUAACGAGAGUGGACUGUAUUAAGUUUGAUUUUUUAUACGCCCGUAUAAAAUACGGGACGUAUUAUGUGAAACCCCUUGGCGGGCGGGCGGGCGGCGGGCGGAAGGCAUCACUUUGUCCGGACUCUAAUUCAAAUUGUAUUCAUCCGAUCUUCACCAAACUUGGUCAGCAGUUGCAUCUAGUUGAUAUCUAGGCCAAGUUCGAAUAUGGGUCAUGCCGGGUCAAAAACUAGGUCAUAGGGUCAAUAAGUGCAUUUUCAAAGGGGCCACUUUGUCCGGACUCUAUUUCAAAUUGUAUUCAUCCGAUCUUCACCAAACUUGGUCAGCAGUUGCAUCUAGUUGAUAUAUAGGCCAAGUUCGAAUAUGGGUCAUGCCGGGUCAAAAACUAGGUCAUAGGGUCAAUUAGUGCAUUUUCAACGGCGCCACUUUGUCCGGACUCUAAUUCAAAUUGUAUUCAUCCGAUCUUCACCAAACUUGGUCAGUAGUUGCAUCUAGUUGAUAUCUAGGUCAAGUCCGAAUAUGGGUCAUGCUGGGUCAAAAACUAGGUCAAAGGGUCAAUUAGUGCAUUUUACUUUGUCCGGACUCUAAUUCAAAUUGUAUAAAUCUUAUCUUCACCAAACUUGGUCAGUAGUUGCAUCUAGUUGAUAUCUAGGCCAAGUUCGAAUAUGGGUCAUGCCAGGUAAAAAACUAGGUCAUAGGGUCAAUUAGUCCAUUUUCAACAGCGCCACUUUGUCCGGACUCUUAUUCAAAUUGUAUUCAUCCGAUCUUUACCAAACUUGGUCAGUAGUUUCAAGAUAAGUAAUAUCAGUACAGGAAAUACUGCCAUUCUAUACCUAUGUAGGUCUAAACAAUUAUGAUUUAAAUAUUGUGUUUUAGAGAACAAAUGAGACUAAGUGUACACUUAUUGAUAUCAAUGCAUAUAUAUGAAUAUAUCAGUUAUAUAAGUUGUUGUUGUUUUUUUUGCUUAUUUCCAAAACAAAUACAUCAAUCAUCAGUGUAUCAUCUCCAAUGGCACACGAAUCGGGCGUAUAUUGCUCCGUCAUGCGGCGCUCUUGUUCAUUUAUAAGCAACAAAAUUUUAUACUUUUCUGUUUAGUUAAAGCACAAAGUUAUAACUUGUAUGAUACCACCAGAAUUUUCCCUAAAAUGUAAAUAUAUGAGGCCAGAUUUGAAUAAAAUACUUAACCUGUGAUAUAUUGCAAUUGUUCUGAUUGGUUAUAUUUUUGUCUUUGUUGUCGGUUUUUGUUGUCAUCUUUUUACGUUGAAAUAUUUGUUUAUUGGCAGUUUCUGUUUGUGUAUGUUUUUAUUGUAAUAACUGUUAUUGUAUAUAAGACUAAUUUAUUACAGUACACAUUAUGCAUAAGUAGUAAAUAAAUCUGAUUUGAGUCAUGCAUGUGAUGGAAAUUACCAAAUGUUAAAGCCCCAUAAACACUCAAAAAAGCAUUUUGUAUCUUGUUAAAUCUAUGUUACCAUACCACAUCUAUUGUGGAAAUUUUGACUAUUGCUAUACAGAACACUUUAUUAUGCCCCCCUUUGAAGAAGAGGGGGUAUAUUUCUUUGCACAUGUCGGUCGGUCGGUCCGUCCACCAGGUGGUUUCCGGAUGAUAACUCAAGAACGCUUGGGCCUAGGAUCAUGAAACAUUGAUCAUGAUUCAUGAUGACCCCUAUAGAUUUUGAGGUCACUAGAUCAAAGGUCAAGGUCACGGUGACUUGAAAUGGUAAAAUGGUUUUUGGAUGAUAACUCAAGAACGCGGAGGCGGCCAACAGGGCGAACUCUGAACAAUAUAACUUAAGCAACUGGUCUGUAAUCCUAAAUCUAUAAUUAUCAGUCCAAUGAAACAUCAUCAUUUGAGUAAAAUAAAGUGGAUCAGUAAUUUUUUUUAUCAGAAUAUGAGAUUUUUUUGUAUAUUUUUUUAAGAAACAUUUUAUGAAAUAUUCGUUGGUUUUAAGUGUUUAUGUGGCUUUAACAGAAGAGAUUUCCCUUGAAAUUGGACUUGCUAGUUAGCUUUUUUGUUGUUGCAAACAAAGUAAUUUACAGAAAGCAUUUGUUCCAUUGAAAUAGUAAUUGUAUCUGUCAGUGACUGAUUUGUAACGGUUUUCAUCAUUGUUUCAAUGUAAUGAAUGAAAAGUCGACAUUACUUCAUAGAAAAUUGUAUGUGUGGGUGCUGGUUUAAUUGCUUAUAUUUAUAUUGUUCACACCACAAAGAUGUGUAAUCUCUGGAGACUUCCAAUCGAGUGUUAAGCGUGUAAUGUAUAUAUAUAUGCAAACAAAUUCAAACACAAACGACACAAUAAUUUCAUGUUUGCCCUUUAUGUUCAAACGCAAGACAAAAACUUAAUGUUCAAUUAAACUGAGAUCAGACUAAAUCGUUUUACAGCAUCGAUUAUAAAGUGUCAGUUUAAAAUGAUAAAUAUCCUCCUGUAUUUUCAGUAUUAUAAUUAAAUACAUAUUUUCAUAUCGUUCUGUGGAAAUGGGGUUUAAUGCAUGUGCAGAAAGUGUUGUCUCAGAUUAGCCUGUUCAGUGUGCAAAGACUAAUUGGGGAUGACAAUUGCUACCUAAACUAUAUUUUCACUCAAAAGGGAUUUCCUUUGAAAGAAUGGAUUUGCUUUGAACGAAAAGUAGCCUUAAAAGCGGUAAGUGUCAUCCCUGAUUAGCCUGUAUGGAUUGCACAGGCUAAUAUGUGACGACACUUUAUGCACAUUCAUUAAGCCCAGUUUUCCCAGACCUCUGCUGAUAUAUAUACAUUUUUAGCUCGGCGUUUCCGGAGAAAACCCGAGGUAUUGUCAUAGCCAGCUCGUCGUGUCGUCCGCCGUCCGACUAAAACCUUAACAUUGGCUCUAAAUUCAAAGUGCUUCCACCUACAACUUUGAAACUUCAUAUGUAGAUGCACCUUGAUGAGUUCUACACCCCACACUCAUUUUGGGGUCACUAUGUCAAAGGUCAAGGUCACUGUGACCUCUAAAAAAAAAUCUGACAAGCUUUCAUUUAUUCAAACCUGCACCCGUUGCCGAGCGUGGCACCCGUUAUGCGGUGCUCUUGUUACUUAUAAAGUAUAUCAAGUUACAUUAUAAGGUCCUGGUGUUACGUUUUGGUCAGGACAAGUGAAAUGUUAGGACACUAGUCUGACUAGACAAGUGGAUGUUAAUGUUAAUGUUGAGCUCUGUUGCUACAUAUAACAACAUGCGGUGUGGGUGGGAAUUGAUUACUUGUUUGCUUUUAUAACAAUUGACAAAAGUAACUUAUUUUUAAGGUGUUGUGUUGUUAAGAGUGUUUGACUUUGUUUACUUGAUUUUUGCUUUGUCCUCGUGCUUAUUUGUAUUGCCCGUCGCAAUAAUUUUGUUUACAAUUUUCAUUAAAUAGAAAUGUGUUUAGAUUAUUUAUGGGUUUAUUUAUUUUGUUGUGUAUGAAUAACGUUAGUAUAUUAAUGAAUGCUAAUGUUAUUGCUGUUAAACACAUAACAUAAAAGAUUUUGGAAUCAAUUUAUUUCUUGUGUAUGGAAAUGAUGUUAAUAGAGUUGCAUUCAAAUAAAAA